AUGGGUCAGGUCCAGGCCACCACCGAUACAGAAGUGACUCUGCAGAACAUUCAGGAACUGUACCGGAAAUUCACCGAUGAAUGUCCGAGUGGAAACCUGCACCUGCAUGAAUUCAAGAAAAUCUUUGGCGUCAGCAGCAAAUCAUCAGAGGAGGAGGUGGCUUUCAUUGAACUUGUCUUUAAAUCCUUUGAUACCAAUAAGGACGGUAAGUUGGACUUCAUGGAGUACGUGGCAGCCGUGAACCUCGUUCUUCGUGGAAAACUCAUCGACAAACUGAAGUGGUCUUUUAAAAUUUACGACAACGAUGGGAACGGCUACCUGACCAAUCAGGAAGUGAGGCGUAUUAUCAAACAUUUGGAGCAGCUGGAAAGUUUAACAUGA